AUGGUUGCAAUGUUGCCCAAGCUCAUAAAGCUACAUGUCCGCCUAGCGAGCACGUAUGCUGCCAGUCCACACGUGCUUUGGCUCUUUUGCCGUGUGCUCGUGCUUGGUGCCAUCGUGAGGUUGCUUGACAUGGCUCGCUUCUUCCCACGAUCCUGCGCCAGCACCGGACAGGCUCGGCUAGAAAAUCAAGCUAGGCGGAGAUGUGCUACACGCACUUGUGGCUGCUUGUUCAACUGCCAGGAGUUUUUCCGCGGCCCGAGCUGGGCCGACAUGUCGGAUGAGGAAGACAAGGUGGGCAUCAGCAAGAAGCGCCGCAUCUUGAUGGAUGCCAAGAAGCGCCAGCAGGAGAAUUUCCCAUCAGAUUUUGGCGCUGCCACGGGCCUGGAAAUUCCGGAGGCUGAUGACCCUUCAGAUUUGGAGGCCGCGGCCGCGGCAGAGGUGCAGGCUGAUCUGGAGCACCUGCAAAGCGACCUGGAGCAAAUCUUGGAGGCCAUGGAUGCGCAGGAGGCUCGGCGCAAGCAGCGAGGCGUCGUGUCUGACGGAGAGGAGGAGCACCCGCACCUGUGCGACGCGGGCUGGGCCAGAGGACUUCUAUGCCGUGCCCAGCCCCCGCUCCGCAAAGUCGUCAUCGACCGCUCCUUCCUGGAAGCGUUGUGCGCUGACGAGGUGAAGAAACCUCGCUUUACCAGGCCUUUCGUCUGGAAGCUAGAGAACCUCGGCUCCGCAAGCUUGACAGCGAUCCUUCGCAAAUCAUUGAAUCUUCAGUCCUUGCAGCAGCAGCUCAAAGGCAAGAAGCGCGUCAGUAAGAAGCUGCAGAAGCAAGUCAAGCUUGCCAAGCUGUCGCAGCGCUUCUGGCAGCUCAGCGCAGAAGAGCGGCAAGCGGUUCUUUCUGAUGCUGGCGUGUAUAUUUUCCCCGACGCUUUGCAGGAAGCUGAUGAUCUAGAAGCCUUCGUCAAGGAGCAAGACUUUCUGCACCCAGCCAGCGCAGAAUGCCUGAAUGCCAAGCGUGUCAAUGGCAAAAAAGCUCCCCGGGAUGCGUUGCCUUGUGGGUGGCAGGCUUGCACUGUGGCAAGUACAGAGUCAAGCCGUGGAGCACGGGAGUUGGGCGCGUCCGUCUGGAGUGCAACGUGGGGGAGAAAGGCCAGGAAGCCGGUGGCCCUUUGGCGUUGGAGCCGCGUGGACGGCGUUCGGCCACCCUUCUUACACUUUGUGUGCAUGAAGGACGCAGACAAGGGCCAAUGCCUGUACAGUGCUGCUUGCAUUGAAAAGAGUGCAACGGCGCAACAGAUGCAGAAGAAUUGCGACCUGCACAGUUUGUUCAACCGUUUGCCACUUUUGUUUAGUCCUUCUUCUGCAACCAUUGAACUUGACGAUGACACAGUGGUUGAGAUUGCGCCCAACCUCACUGUCCCGAUGGAGGACGAUGGCACACGUAUCGACGUGGAUGUAAGUGAUGGUCUCGCGGAGAUUGGCCCAGAGCUGGCUGAAAAGUUGGGCUUGUUCAAGACUGCCCGACCGGACUGUCUCCGACAGCGUCUGGUUUAUCAUGCUGCACAGUUCCGCGCAGUACUCAAGGUGGGAGACAUUGAUGUACUCGCGAAGGGCAUGAUCAUGGUCAACGCCAGCUUAGGGAACAAGUUGCGCUUGCGCAAGUCUUGCAUCAAAGCUGAAUGGCCUUCCGACGCAGACGCUGGCAUUCAAUAUGGUUUGGACAUCGUUCAAAAAUCUGACAAAUGCCAAGGCAAGCCAAAACUACAUGCGCAGCUUGUGUCGGCAUUGGCCUUGCGUGCCUGCCUCGUUCCUACACGAGAGGCUAGAAGGCAGGCCAAAGCUGAUGUGCGGGAGUUUUGUUGGGAAAGAAGGACUUACCUCCCGGAUGACAUGGAGAAAAGGGCCUGGGGGUUGAGUUGCCCGAAGCAGUCGCGCCAGGAGGGGGUUGAGUUGCGCAGGAUUGCAUCGAGGUACUGUGCCACUGAUGCCAAGGAGCGAAGUCUGCAUGUCCACAGCGUGCCACAGAACCGGGUGGCUGUUGAGUACAAGGAACGCAUCGAGCACCCCAGUCCCCUGGAACUGUUGCGCACCACUGAAGAAUUGGAAGAGCCAUGGAACUUUGAAGCCUUGAGGACAAAGGAAUCGAUGCUACGUGGUGGGAGGCGAUUCCUUGCAGAGGCAGACUCUCAAGAAGACAACCCUCGUCUGCCGCUGAAAGGGGUUGGCGCCGGCUGCUUUGCGUUGCCCGAUGUCCAAAACAUUUUAGGACCCCAGAAAUGCAUUGUCAUUAUCGACGGCGAGAUCUUGAAGGGGCCGGUAGUUGUAUUCCGGACCCCGCUCAUGCUCCCGGAGGACAUCGAGGUUUGGGAAUCUGUAGACCCACCCGCUCCCGAGCAGAUGAGGUUUCUGCCAGACAACUGCAUAAUUUGCAGCUGUGAAAGCCUGGGUGUCACCAGUUUGGGUGGUGGGGACUAUGACGGGGACGUCAUCUUCAUCUCUACAGAUCCUGACCUCGCGCGGCUUGUGGCCAACACUCCAGACGGGCGCUCCUUGAAAAAGCUGCGAGCUGCCACGCGAUUCGCCAAGGAAAACCUGGCUCGCAAGGACCUGGUGGAGUGCAGCAGUUUCAUGGACUACAUCAACUACUGUCGCCGGGUUGAUACCCCCUCAAUCCGUGGGGACACAUGCGUUCUGGCGGAACGAGCCCAGAUGGCUGCCUGGGCGGCGAGAUACCCUGCGAAGAAGAGGACUGACUUUGAGCUUGCCUUUUUGUCUACAAUGAGUCUACAAUGUUAUGGCAACAAGAGAGAAUAA